AUGGAAGGAAGACUUCAUUCUGAUCUAUUCGCGCAAGAGCGUUAUAUUCUUGGUGCUGUUCCAAUCAAGAUCAAGCUGGUGAGAUCCAGAGACCCGUUUUGUUUGGUAUCAUCCGCAGAAAAUCCCAAUUUCAAAGUGGUCAUCGAGCAGGGCCGCCCAGAGGCUGACCAGGCCCGGGGCAAAAUUUUUUUUAGGGGCCCUAUCUAAAAAAAUUUUCCCGGAAAAAUUUUUUCCGGACAACAACUUCCCCCCCCCGUCGCCAAAAAAUUUUCCGUCAGUGUACCAUUUUAGGGGUAAAAAAUUUUUUCCGGAGUACAAAAUUUUUCCGGACGAGUACGUUGCAAUUGCUUUCGAGGGACUUUAUCUCAUUUUUUUAUGCCAAAAUUCGGUACUUAGCCCAAGAAAACAGAUAUCUUGUCCUUUGCGCGGAAAUAUUUAACAGGGGCUGGGGCCCCCAGCAACUCGGGACCCGGGGCAAUUUGCCCCCUUUGCCACCCCCCCCUCUGGGCGGCCCUGUCAUCGAGGAAUGUUUGUUACGUGUACGACGAGUUAACGUAGCCCCAGGUAUUAUACUGGCUCAUUCCCAGUCCCUUAAACAAAUCACUGCCAAAUACCCAAUCAACAGGAUCGACUGCAAGGUUGUCUCCGUACCUCGGGGGAAUAUGUCUGGAAAUCAACCUAAUAUAUUUCAAGGUGGUUUACCAAAUCGUAUCGUGAUUGGAAUGGUCGACGCGGAUGUCUUUAACGGUACAUAUACGAAGAAUCCGUUCAAUUUUAAAAAUUAUGAUAUCACAACCAUGGGUCUCACUGUCAACGGAGAGAACUUACCUGGAAAACCACUACAGUUGAAAUUUGGAGCAGACAGUAAUUACAUUUCUGCUUUUCAAACGCUGUACGCCGGCGCACACAAGAUUUUUGAUAAUCAGGGUAAUGGUAUAACAUGUGAAGAAUAUGCAAACGGUUAUACACUGUUUGUGUUUGACCUCACUCCUGACUUAUGCCUUGGUGAUCAUGUACAACCGAUUAAGAACGGAAAUGUGUCAAUUGAAUGUCGAUUUGGAACACCGUUGGAGACAGCUAUAAAUAUCGUGGUACUUGGUGAAUUUCAAAGUCUUAUCGAAAUUGAUGCGAACCGGAACGUACUGUGUGAUUUCAACAACUGA